GGAUGAACUUGAUUGCCAGAACCGCUCAAAGGAUGCCGCGGCAGUUCGCUCUGGAUGCUUUUUGCUUGCGUCAAUUCGACGACCCCAACUACAAAGGGACCCAACUGCAUCAUGACAAGGCUGCGUUUGAGGCCAAAAUCAACCAGCUCUUUGACGACAACGAGGUCACCCUCGUCGACGGCUACGCUCCUUUUUGCAAGCACUUGUUCGUCCCCAACUUUGUCGGCGCGCGGCUGAGUUCGGCGGCCAUCACCGCCGACAACGCCCACUUGUUGCAAAGCGAUUACGUGUCGCGCGUGCCCGCAGAACUGCCUGUCUUGGUACGAUGGUUUCCCGUGUCGCAGGUCACUCCCGCGGUCGCGCAAUACCUGGACGUGAUUCUCUACAGUCGCGCGCAAAUCGAAGCCGAGAACCGCGCGACGGGCCACGAGCCCGACGCCGCCAACGCCGACGUUCCAUGGGGGAUCAUCUCCGUGAAAGCGCAAGACGUGCCGUAUGAACUGCCCAUGAACCCCAUCACCAUGAUGCGGAAUGCGCUGGGGAAGGACGAAGGCGGGUCGGGCGUGCCGUUGACGCGCGACGCGUACUUGGAAGCGGUGGCGUACUGGUCGAAAAAUGCUGUCCUGCAGUGAGAAUUUCGAUUUGAUACUACGUAGUAGUUAGUAGUCGAUAUAUUGAUUGAAUCCUUGUCCGACUACUAGUACUUGAAUCAACAACAAACGACGCCUAAUUUACUGUGA